AUGCAUGUCAUGCUGCUCCCCUGCUGCGUCUUGGUCUUUCUGCUGCCCCGUCCAUGUUUCACGGCACCCACAGUUAUUCCGGAGGUCGCGAGCUCUCCCUCCACAGAACCACAGGCUGACCUGAAGCUGGCCACAGAAUACCUUCAGCACUAUUACAACCUGCAAAAAGAGCCUUUCGUCCGCAUGAAGCGGAGUGAGCCCACAUUCACCUCCAAAGUGAAAGACAUGCAGAUCUUCUUUGGGAUUAAUGUAACAGGUGAGCUGGACGCAGACACGCUGGAGGUGAUGAGGAGCCCUCGAUGUGGCGUUCCAGACGUGGAGGAGUACAGCCACAUUCAGGCAACACGAUGGAACAAGAAUGUCCUCACUUACAGCAUUGGCAGGUACACCAGGGAUUUGCCUCGCAGCACUGUGGACUCUCUGGUUGAGUCAGCUUUCAGCGUUUGGGCCAGAGCCAGCGGCCUGACGUUUAUCAGGUCACACAACCGUAAUGCUGACAUCAUGGUCGAGUUUGUGUCCAAUGAACACGGCGACCUGUAUCCAUUUGAUGGGCCCAGAGGCACACUGGCUCAUGCUUUUGGUCCGGGGUUGGGUGUCGGUGGUGACACACACUUUGACGAUGACGAGCACUGGACAGCAGGAAAAACAGGUUAUAAUCUGCUUGUGGUGGCGGCACAUGAAUUUGGCCACGCUUUGGGCCUGAAGCACUCCAGAAACCCACACUCACUGAUGUAUCCGACAUACAAAUCCUCCCAUCCAGUCAACCUGUUAUCUAGAGAAGAUGUAGCAAAUAUCAACGCACUUUACAGACGAGCUGGAAGUCGUCCAAAUUUCUUUCCAAGGUAUGGCUGGAGUUCUCAAUAUAACCCCUGGAUGUCAGGAUCCCUGUUCCCUCGACUCCUGCAGAACAGAUGCGCUUCUGAUUUGACCUUUGAUGCAGUGUUCACUCUUGGGGACGCCACAUUCUUUUUCAGAGAGAGAUAUCUCUGGAUUAAACAUAAUGAACAGUAUGACAUCAAAGAGGGUCCCAUCACCAACUUUAUGCCCAAGAUUGAAACAAGCAUCGAUGCAGCCUUCUGGGUCCCUCGCAGAUCCACGGCUUAUCUGAUUCACGAAUCCAUGUUCUGGACAGUGAAAGGCUCGCAGAUGAGGGGAAAACCUCGAGCACUCAACCACUUUGGAUUUCCAGCCUGGGUGCAGGACGUUGAUGCUGCUGUGCACAUUGUAAAAACAGGACGGACUCUCUUCUUCAUGCACGAUAUUUACUGGAGUUACAAUGAGAACCGAAGGGUUAUGGAUUUUGGUUACCCAAAGUAUAUAAGCGAGGAUUUUCCAGGAGUUAACUCAACAAUAAAUGCAGCGCUUCAUAAAGAUGAUUUCAUCUACUUCUUUGUUGGACCACAAGUCUACAAAUAUGACUACACUGGAAAAGCUGUCGUCGGAGUUGAGAAAGCAAACUCGUGGCUUGGAUGUUGAAAUAGCUGUGACACAGAACAGACAAUAAACACAGUUCAGUUUUGAGUGAUUUUCAUUCAUCAGUGGCCACAUUUUGUCACAAUAAUAAAACACCAAGAUGUA